CUGCCACCUCUUUUUAUGGUAUUAUGCGGUGGUGGCAAAUACAAUGGGUUGUUGAAAGCCACCCAGAUUAUUCUCGCAUUACUCCUCUUCACAUGAUCUCUAUUACGGCCAGAAAUACAUUUGUGGCUUUCCUCCAAGUUCACCUCAUCAGUAAUUAUAUUGGUCUAGCAACCACUACAAUUGCAAUGCUGUCAGAACUGCAUUGUUGAAGAUAAGAGCAUGAAAUAAUACCUGAGAUUUAACCAUUUAAAAACAAAUCCUUAAGUAUUUCGAGAAGAAGCCGGAUUGAACGUUUGUCAGCAAACUGACUUGGUGGGAGAUUGAGAUUCAGCCGGACUGAUAAAGAUCGACUCCGCCUAUUAGACGUUAAUUGAAUGGGUGAUGUUUUGGGUCGAGACCAUUGAAAUUGUGAUUUAUGUUUGAACCCUAACCAAAUACCAAUGUUUUACGCCAUCUGGUGUUCACAUACAAGAUUAACAUGGAAAGUAUUGAUUGGUGAACUUUUAUUUUUUUAAUUGAGAUACAUUUAAUCAAAAACAAUUCGUCGCGACCGCAAGGAAACGUGAUCACGAAUUUCGCCUCUGGGGCUAUCCAGACAUUUCAAUUUGGAUACACUUCGGUUCCUUCCCCCUCCGCUCGGAUUGGCUGCGGACCUGGUUGUAUCUUUACUGUUAGUUACAUCGUAAACCUUUGUGUUUUCAAGAGGUGAGUGAAAUGGAGGUGUUUGUCCUGAGAAAUAGUCCGAGUUCAACCCAAAGAUCUUAGAGCAGCUCUAAGAUCUUUGGUUCAAACGGCUGUUAUUGCUGACAUUGGUGGUAUAGGAAGUGCUGACUCACCAGGGUUUGUCUGCAUGAGUGCACACUGUUUUUGCGGCCAUCUUUAGUUUAUUGCACGUCUUUCCAGUCCUUCAAUUUUAAUAUUGCUUCUAGGGUUUGAGUAACGACCAAAGAUUAUAAUCUUUGGUAACGACCCAGUCAGCGGUUAGGCAUAUAGUUUCACAGGUUUGCACUACCAGUUAGCUUUGGUUUCAAAGUGGUGACGUGUAGCAGAUCUAGAAUCUAAGAGUGGAAAUGUUGGCGAGGAAUUAUCAGACGAGUCCCUGGCAAGUCCAUCGACCCAGUCUUUUUAAAGAUUGUGUCGAAAUAAUUUAAAAACAACAGAAAAUGCAAGCGAAAGAACACUAUAGACCGGUCAGUAUCAAUGGUGAAAACGUUUAAAGUCUGGAUAUGGUCAACUAUUGAAGACCCAGUCAGUCGUGGCCAGAGGUAGAACCUUUUUACUCCGCUUUGUUUUUGGGGUCACCGGUCGAGAAGAUGAAUUUACCGGAGAGAAUGCGAGCGACCAGGUUGCGGGGAAAAGAUCGGCGCGGGGUUUGAAUGAGCCAAUUGAAAGGCCUCGUCUUUGCUGGUCUACGGGCCGCGACGUUUACUUCCAACCAGAAGCAUGGCCUCGGCUAGCCAUAGUCUGGAUUGUACCUGCUGUUCUAUUGACUCCUCAGUCCCAAGUGUACAGCAGACAUUAGAGGAAAUGGAUUUUGACAGAGGCAUCUGGUCAGCAGCCUGUAAUGGUGAACUCGGCAGGGUGCAGAAUUUUCUGGAAAAAGGGACCGAUCCAAAUUCACCUGAUCGAUCGGGCUACACAGCGUUGCACUAUGCCAGUCGCCGUGGUGAUUAUAAGAUCUGCGAGUAUCUGCUGAAGAAUGGAGCAAACAGUAAUGCUCAGACUAAAGGAGGGGCAACUCCACUUCACAGAGCUGCCUACUGUGGCCACCUCCCUGUGCUCAAGCUGCUGCUGUCCUAUGGAGCCACCCCUGCUAUCACGGAUGAUGACGGCGCAACUCCUCUACACAAGGCUGCAGACAGGGGUCAUCAGGAGGCAUGCGAUGUUUUGCUCAAGGAGAAUCCUGCUCUAAGGACAAUAAAGGACAGAAGGUCCAGAGCACCUCAUGAUCUGGUGACAGACCAUCCAACUUUGAAGGAACAUCUGCAGCCCAGGAAGUUAACGUGAAAACCAUUUUCUGGAUUUAAUAUCCCCUGCCAAUACAGCACUUACAACAUCGACUAUAGAUUUUGUAAAAGUAACAAUGUCCUUCAUUUAUUAGUCACAUUGGAGCUUUGUCUGGUGGAUUGCCAGGCUGAUGUGACUUGAUGUGCUGAUCAACUUGUGGAUGAUUUACAAAAAUAUCUGCAUCCAGCUCCCAUAUUGCUGGGGGCAACUGAUGACUAUAAUUUUCUGGGUUACUAAAUGCGGUAAUGUAACAACCAAGUUGCUACUACUUUAUUUUAUCCUGCUCAUACAGACUGAUAUUUUAAGGUAUUAAAAUUUCAAAUUAGUAGGCUAUUCUUAUCCACUGUUUUAUUUUUCCACAUUUCAUCUUACUUUUUCAUCUUUGCUACCAGUCUCUGCAGUUGAUCCUAACCAAAAUGAACAAUUUGAGAUGCAAUUUCUUCAAACCUGACUGUAAGAUUGAUGGACUGCUAGACUCAAAGUACAAUUUAAAACUUUGUGACAUAAAUCUGUGUCAUAAAUAGCAA